GAGUCCCACCCUCGUGUCUUAUCACCUCCCGUCCUAUAAGAAGAGGCUGCAGUGACGUUCAGGUCCUUCAGACUGCAGUCAUGAAGCUCACCGCUCCUCUGCUGCUGCUGCUCGCCGCUCACGCCGUCAGCGGCACUCUGCUGCCCAGAGCCUUGUGGCAGUUUGGCACAAUGAUCCAGUGCGCUCAGCCCGGCGUGAACCCGUUCCUGUACAAUAACUACGGCUGCUGGUGCGGCUUUGGCGGGAAGGGCACGCCUCUAGAUGACUUGGACAGGUGCUGUGAGGUUCACGACAGAUGUUACCGAGCCAGCAGAUUGGCCCCCGGAUGCACUGCUGUCGCCGACCUUCCUUAUGUCCUCGUUUAUGACUUCAGCUGUUCCAACGAGCAGGUCACCUGCUCAGCCUCCAACAAUAAGUGCCAGGCUGCCGUGUGCGAGUGCGACCGCGUGGCGGCUCACUGCUUCGCUCAGCACGAAUACAACCCCGAACACAAGAACCUGGACCCCAAAGAACACUGCGUGAACUGAGACAUGCAAAGACAACAAACAGGAGAGAGACGGCGGAUCGAAUCAAAGUUUAAUUAAAGGUUUAAAAUUAAGAUUUUGUGGAAUAAAAUGUGAGAUUCUCGUUUGCAGCUUGAAGUUCAGAG